AUGAACCGACUACGCUCUUCACGUGCCCCCUCCCCGACACCUACUACUUUUUCCGGAAUCUCUAAUUACCGCACCGAGUCCUAUCGUCCGAUCAAGGAUAAAGGAAAUGUCCCGGCUGUGCCAGCCGUAAAUUCCAGGGUGGUCGCACGCACGCAUUUUGACGAGUUAGCCAGUUUUCUAGUAUCCUAUCUUGUGAAAGCUCCGCAGGAGUCGCGGGCCCACGCACGCUCAAAAUUGACCAAUCUUACCAGACAGCAGUUCCAUGAGCUGUCAACUGAUGUGUACGACGAACUCGUCCGACGUCGAAGGAACACUCCCGAGAACGACGUCCCAUUCCUUCCCGUGCGUGAUGAAUUUCAUCCCAAGCGGAAUCAGGCGCGCCAAAAAUUGGCAACGCUGCCUAGCGCCAAGUUUGAAGAUCUUUGUAGCGAUGUCUACUUUGAAAUCAUGAGAAGAUAUCCCGAAUUUACAGAAGUGGAAGACCCGGGGGUAGUGUCUCCCGCAUCAGCAUAUGACGAUGUACCCUCGCCCGAAUUCCACACAUCUCCGCGGCCUGAUAUGCCCAUACUUCCCCCCAGUACCCGCACAGGGCGACCAUCCGAAGAUCGAGGCAGUGCACGCGAAGAAGAGCCUCGACGGAGCGAGGACACCCAUGCAUCCCGACGAAAAGCCUCCCAUGACCAAGGGGCAGAUUUUGGCCGAAGACCAAGUGGCUCCGCAAGUAUCCGGAGCGACUCGACGGGAACUACAAAUGCGCAGAGUGCAACCGCAACGAGCGGGAUGGUAAUCCCAAAUAAGAGCACCAUCGCAGAAGAAGAUAUUGAAGUGCCGUACGGGCGGGAGAUGCGGGAGAGUUCUGGAACAGCCGUCGAUACACGUGACGGCGUCAGGGAGUUUGAUACCACUGACGGUGAACACGAGCACUGGGACCAGCGAGGUGGACUAAGCGGGCUCAGCGCACGGCUGAGGAAUGUGCAUACGGAAGAUGAUGACAUGGGGGAUGUGAGGAGCGACGAAUAUGAUAAAGUCUCUCUGGGACGUGCAUCAGUAACGUCCGAUCGGUCCAUCGGCGGAUCGAGGAUGCCCAGUGCAGCGGGCGAUGAACAAGAGCGUUUGAGGCGAGAUUACGAGUUCAAGAUCGCCACGAUGCAGAGUCGUAUAACAAGUCUGGAACGAGACCUUGAGCAACGGGAGCUAGACACGCAGCAGACGGUACGCCGUUUAGAAGAGGAGCUGGAAGUUUUCCGAAAGCGUGCUGAAGAGCAUGGAUCUGCUAUGAAGGCUCUGCAAAGGGAGCUGGACGAUAUUCGGGACCUCCGGGCCAGAGAGAAGGAACGCGAAGCUAGACGAGCACAGGCCGACGAGGAAGAACUGCAGAUACUGCGUGACCGUUGCGAACGCCUCGAAGAAGAGCGGAGUUCUGGCUUUGGGAUAGACAACAGUGAAAUCAUCGAGCAGCUACGUGCUGAUAUGGAGGGGUUGAUGUCAGAACUUAGCGAUCUGUCCCGCAGGAAUGACGAGUUAAUGACUGCGAAGGAUUCGGACCUCACUGUGAUCCGUGAUCUGGACAGCCAGCUCAAAGAAUACAAACGCAAGUACGAACAAGCCAAAACCGAGCUCAGAAGCGUCAAAGCAACAUCCCAGCUGUUCCUACAAGCGCCCAAGAUGGAAGACCAACUACCAAUGGGCCCUGACGGGGGUCUCGUCGAUAUACAUGUCACUGCGUUUGUGUCCGCCAUCGAUAGUCUUUUGACAGCUGGUCGUUCCAGUGCUCCGACACGCGUUCUAGUGCCGAUGAAAGCCGUCGUCACGUCUACCACAGCCAUCAUCGAUGAUGUUCGUGCAUACGAACAACGCCCAUCCCGUGCGGACGUUGACGUCGAUAUCCUACACACUCUCCGUGAGCGCGCCGAGGCUACCCUGACUAACCUUGUAGCUGCAUCAAAGACACAUGCCACUGCAUCCGGCAUGUCUCCUGUGAGCCUAUUGGACGCAGCCGCGAGCCACGUCUCCGUAACAUUGACGGAGAUCGCGAAAAUGAUAUACAUCCGCAAGGCUAGUCGGGCCGAGCAGGAGGAGUUCAUGUCUUCCUCUGGUUCGCUGUCGUAUCUAUCUUCUGCGCGCUCGACGGAAGACGUGAGACCAAGUUUUGAACGCAAGGGUUCUACCUUUAGCACGAGACGAUCGGAAGAUGUCGUGUCGCCCCCUAUGACCGCAGCAUCGCGCUUUGCAGAGGCUCAUAGCAGACGAACACCGUCUGAACCAUCUAGUUCACUCACAAGUUCUCCUCCACCUAUAUUUGACAAGUCUCCUGUCAACAAUGCGUUGGGUGCAAUCAGCGACGAUUCAACAGCGCCUGAAAGCGGUGAGGACGCUUGGUCCGAGCUCAAGCCCUACCUCGAGGCGCAGACCGAGUCCAUCGUUUACGCGAUUCAAAGCGUCCUUUCCGGCGUCCGCAGCCCUGUACCGCCGCCGACAUUAAACGAAAACCUCACUCAGAUUAUCACGAUCGUGUCGAGUAUUGUCGCCGUUUGCAGCGAUAACCUGCCCCCUGCAUCCGCGCAGCAGGGUGCAGAGCUACUGCGGGAGCUAGGCGAACACGCACGGAAGCUAUCUGAGGUACAGACGCUGCCAGAAGUCACGAAGGAAUCGCGGCAGGUCAUGGCCAAGUCGAGCUUUGCGGUCGCCAAUGCGAUGAAGGGGCUCAUGAAGUUGUAA